AUGGAAGACAACGCGGACAAGAGAAAGAAGUCCUCGCUCACCAAGAACCGGCCGCCAUCAAACGCCGGCGCCAAGGCGACAGGUGCUCCCACAGCGGCAGCAGCGGAUGCGCACGCCUUCAAUGCGUCGUUGCAGAAACAAGGCUUCCGUGGCAGUAAUCGAGGGUCCGAUGCAAAUUCCGCGCCCGGCGUCAGUACGGGGCAACCACGCGUCACUCCCGUGGCCGAUGGCACCGCUUUUGGCCCGUCGUUAUUUUUGUCCGGAAGCGCGGCUAAAAAGCACGCUGCUGAGGACGUGACCUUCAAGCCAAACACUGAUACGAAGUUGGCCUCCGCCGCACCGUUAACGCACGUCUACAGACCUCCGAGUGCGGGCGCGUCGAAGGCUCCAAAUACCACGGGCGCACCCGUAGACACGUCUUCUCUAGCAGACCACAGAAGCGUUGCUGCGACCCGGACACCUUCGGAUGCGUCGUGGGCUCGAAAUUCUGGUCGAAGCAGAAAGAAGCGGCGCAAGCGUAAUUUGAAGUCGUCGUUGUCGUCUGCGUCCUCCACGUCCAGCAGGACGUCGAAACAAGGACCUGGCGAAGGUGAACGCAAGGUCGGCGAUGCACCCUCAACAUCGACGCCAGGCCGGAUUGCAAACAGAGCGGCACCCCAGGACCACGCCGCCGGCAUCACACUUUCCAGUCACCAGUGGUCCACUGGGACGGGCGGCGUGUUCACCGGUAACUACGAUGACUCUACGCCGAUCAAGCAAAGGGGGACAAAGGCCAAGAACUGGGCUGACGCCCAGGGCAGGAAAAGAUCAGCCGACGACCCGAUGACUAUGGCUUCUUACAAGCAAUUACGAGCUUCCUCGGCUAAAGAACACUCAGCUCCAGAAACUGCGCCGGCGAGCCAGCGGGGAGUCGACGCAGCAGGACCGCCAGACGGCAAGGCCGGUAACUUGGCGGUCGUCCCGGGAACCUUCACGAACGAAGGAGAGACUUCGCAGCAGCGGCACGGCAACGUAUUCGCAACGAUGACCGCCACGUCGUACGGCUCCGUGGGCGAGAGGUCCGCUUCCCAUGGUGCUGUGCCCGCAGAAUCUGCCGGCGUCGUAGCUCCCGAAGGCCAUCUCGUUCCAGAGGCACCGCUGGGCCAGAAGGUCGUCGACGCAGCGGUCGGUCCUUCAGCUCGCAAGGAUGGCGACUCUGAGGCUGUUCUUCGCGCCGUGCUUCCUACGAACCCGGCGCUUCCCAAGGCGGAGGCAUUAACGUCGCCGCGGAAGGUCAUCGAGGAGCGGGAACCAGACCAACCGCCAAUGGCGUUUACCGGCCAGCAAGGAACAUCGCACCCGGCGCCAUCGGGUAGGGAGCAGAAAGACAGGACCGGCUGGAGGAAACGGUGGCGAAGCGGGAACAGGGCGAUGGAGGAGAGCGGGGCCAGCGAGGUUCACGCGGGUUCUACGCGAGGCGCGCGGAAAAGCAGCUUCGGCACCCAGGGCCAGUCGUGGUCCUUCUACCCUCUCAACGUGACGUUCGUCACCGAGGAGGACACGAAGAAAGAGUGCCUCGUCUACGGCUGCGUGGUCUGCUUUAGCUCCGUGCUGUUCUCCGUGCUGGUCGCGUUCCUGAUCCUGGCGUUCUUCCCGAACCGAGCCUUGACGCCUCUGGUCUGCGUGACAACCGAAUGCGUGGCGGCACGCGACUACCUGGCAAGCCUGAUCAACACCAGCAGGGACGCGUGCGGCGACUUUUACGGCUACGUCUGCGACUCGUGGAUCGCGAGAAGAAAGGACGCCGGCAGCUUUCUCGGGGACAGCGUGACGGCGUCGCUGGCCAGCAUCAACGAGUCCCUCUGGCGGAAGAACGCGGAAGGAGAUUCACCAGACCUCCGUUUGGUGCGCCGCGUCUACCAGGUGUGUCGCCGUUACAUGUCCGGCAGCUCGAACACGGCGACGCUCAGGGAAACGCUGGAGUCGGCGAGGAAGCUGUUGAGUUGGGCCCUGAUCCGCGACUGCCGCGACUACCGCGGUCUCGUCGCGCUCCUGGUGCGGACGUCGCUGCUUGUCGGCUUCCACACCGUCUUGGUCACCGAACUCUUUGGCGAGAACGGUCGCACCGCCCUGCGGUUCACCUGCGGCAGGUCGCUGGUCCGCAAGCUCACGACCGUGGGCAAGCGGAUAGAUCUGCAGGCCACGCUGAGGACCAUCGUCGGCGACGAGUUCAAGGACAUCCCCACGAUCCUCGAGGUGGACGAACUUGCGGGCGGCAACCUUGACGGACCCGACUGCGCAGCGAGCGUCGAACAGGCGGACGUGGUUGGGCCGUUGAGCCUGUUUGUCGGUGGCAUCGUGCCCGGCGUGAACGCGAACUCGUGGGCAGAGGCGGUCGAGGAGGUCCUGGCGUCCUCUGGCGAGAACGCGUCGCUGUUUUCCGAUUUCGCCGUGGCUUCUGGAGCGGCCGGCUUUCGCCGAGCUUUCCUCGACGUGGUCUCUGCGGGCGGCAUCGAGGUCAGCGCGUUAUACCUCGCCACGCACCUGGACGUUGAGAUCGUCUCCCUGGAGCUGUCGAGAAGACACUCGGAUUCCGAAGGGGCCGCGCGGUUCUGCCUCGCGCUGUCUCGAAGGCCUCUGGCCCACUCCUGGUCGUCGCUCGUGGCGAAAAUUCUUAACGUUCGCGGAAGCGAAGAGGCCCUGCGGACCAUGUUCCACCAGAUCAAGGCGACGGCCCAUGAGACCACCAUGUUCGCAUGGCUGCCAGAAGCAAUGCGUCGAGUCGCCGCAGGAAAGAUCAGUGGAGUGAACCUCGCAGUCGCUUCUGAAGACGUGUCCUCUAACUCUGCCCGGACGGGCAACGCCACAGACCCCUACGCGUCGCUCAUCGCAAAUUCGGAAGAGAGAAACGCAACUUUCGUCGAGCUCUUCGUGAAGGCCAUGUCGAUCGCUCACGGCCUGCGCAUUCGAAGUCCGCCGACGCGGUCGCAGUCCGCCGUCUCUCAACUGGAAGAACGCCACGAGGUGGCGUACUUGUCGGCGACGUCGUCCAUGGUGGUGCCGACGCUUUACCGGCGCGCUCCCCUCCUCUACGCGACGGGCGUACCGUCCCACUUCAACUAUGCCACCGUCGGCGCAGUGCUGGCCACGCGAAUUGUGGACGUCGUGGCACCGGCUCUUGGGAUAGAAAUGGUAGGCUUCUCGGCUGCCUCACAUUCCGUCAUGUCGUGGGGGCAAGGAACAAGCCAACACGCCGACCUCUGGUGGACGCGAGCGGCAUGGCGCCAGUUCAACGCCAGCGCCCUCUGCUUGCAGCGACUGCACGAGCGUCUCGGACUGCGGUACGGCUCGAGUGGCGGCGAGCUCCAGCGUCGCGACAUGCUCCUCCGCGCCCAGGGCCUCCGGCUCGCCUACGACGCCCUGGUGGCCAGUCUGCGUCCCGUAGCGUCCAACGUACACCUCCGGGCCCACUGGCACGAGGCGCAGGUCGUGUUCUUCGUCAGGUUCUGCCUGCUCUCCUGCGACGCCGACCAGCACCGCCAGGCGGCGCUAUCGUCGCGCGCCCGGUGCCUCGUGCCGCUGCACAACAUGCCCGAGUUCGGAGCCGCGUUCGACUGCGUGUCGCGGGAGGACUUCGUGACCGAGCAGUGCGUGGCGUGA